CCUAACAAGCAUCCCUCGAUUUUGUUCACAGAGAUGAAGAAAUACUUAAAAAAACCUCCUCUAUGGCUCCUCCCACAUUAGAAUCAAGGGUGUCCCAGUCAGCUCCUCCCCUUUACCGGAAGACCCUCCUUUCUCCUGAAGUUAACUGCGGCCUCGCUCCUUCUUCUAGAAUCUAGGUGAGAGGGCUCUUCCGGUGCUCUUCCAGAAGCUCUUCCGGAUCACGCGACGCCUCAGCUGAGGCUUCCCAGCAGCAUGUCGGUUUUCCGUUCAGGUCUGCUGGUUCUGACAUCACCGCUAUCAGCCCUUUCCCUGCGCCUGGUACCCAUUCUCGCUUCAGCUGCCCGACUGGUACAAGAUACCCUCUAUAUUCACCUGCAGCCAGGGCUCAGCUUGACCGGCUCCACGCAGCCCCGUUCCACGUACGUCCUUGCUACAUCUGAGGUGUACACCCUUAUCAGCAAGUUAUAUGCCGAUGCUGACAUCCAUCACCACCUUGAUGUCCGAGUGUUGCUCACCAACAUCCUCAACCAGGGAGCUGCCCCUCCAGCACUUGGAUCCGUGCAGAACCUCUCCCAACCUCCUGAAGUGGUGCUUACUGACUUUGAAACUGGAGACGGAGCACAAUCCAACCCAAUCAAGCAGCGCCUGGAGCGUUAUGCCACCAGCUGCUACAGCUGUCGCCCAAAUCUCAUCUCUGUUUUGUUGUACCCUGAGUAUGAGCUAGAAGUCAGUGAUGGGGAGCGUUCCCCACAGCAUAAAACCAACACAAAUGAGGAGCUGCUGCAGAGUUACAGUGAUGUUGCCGUGGGGGGCACUUUCGAUAGACUUCACAAUGGGCACAAGAUCCUUCUGAGUGUGAGCUGUAUGCUGGCAGAAAAUCGGCUUCUGGUGGGCGUCUCUGACAAAGAUCUCCUGGAAACCAAGAUGCUGAAAGAGCUGAUCCUGCCCUUCGAGCAGCGUGUGGCUCAGCUCAGUGAGUUCCUGGUGGACAUCAAGCCUUCCUUGCAAUAUGAAAUCUUCCCCCUGUUUGACUAUUUUGGCCCAUCCAUCACUGACUCCAAACUGAAGUGCAUCAUAGUCAGCGAGGAAACUCUCAAGGGUGGUCUGGCCGUCAACAGGAAGAGGGUGGAAAAUCAUUUAGCUGAGCUGGCUGUCCACAUAAUCAAGCUGGCCCUUGAUCCCCAGCACGGCAGGAAUGAGGAAGAGAAGAUCAGCUCUUCUAGCCUGCGAUACAGGCUGCUUGGGACUCUGCUGCGCCCCCCACAGAAAGAUCCAGCUGUUCCUCGCCACCCCUACAUUAUUGGACUGACAGGUGGAUCUGGUAGUGGCAAGAGCUCCGUUGCUCAAUAUUUGGUUCGUCUGGGUGCUUUCCAUUUGGAUAUGGACAGUCUGGGACACAGCAUCUACACACCAGGAGGUCUUGUGUAUAAGCAGGUGGUACAAGCAUUUGGAGCAGAUAUUUUGAAAGAAGAUGGAACCAUCAACAGACAAGCCUUGGGGGCCAAAGUGUUUAGAGACCAGGAGCAGCUGAAGCAGCUCAACAAUAUCAUGUGGCCAGCGAUGGCUCGAAUAGCGAAAGAAAAGAUAGACGAGGCAGCUGCACAGGGAAAGGCCGUAUGUGUGUUGGAUGCAGCUGUGUUGUUGGAGGCAGGCUGGGCAGACUUGGUGCAUGAGGUCUGGACCACUAUCAUUCCAGAGGAUGAGGCCCUGAGACGCAUCAUAGCCAGAGACAGGCUAAGUGAGGAAGCAGCCAGGUUACGUCUGCAAAAUCAAAUGUCCAACAGCCAGCGCGUAAAACAGUCGCAUGUGAUACUUUGCACAAUGUGGGAGCCGGAGGUUACCUGUGAGCAGGUAGAAAAGGCUUGGGCCCUGCUCCAGAAACGCCUCAAAGAGGAGUAGAGCCUUGAACCAAGACUGAAUCACUUCUUCACUCUGCUCCUUUGAUGCUGCCAGUCUGGAAAAGUGCAUGCCGGGUGGACCCCACCCUGACGAGGGGCCACAGAUGAGGGUGGAGAUAUGGGAAAGGGAGUUGAAACUGCUUGAUGGUGAGAGGACAGAGCUGACCUCCCUCUGCUUUUUUUCUCCCUGUUGCAAAAAGGCUGAGGGAGAGGCAUGAACAAGGGAGGGGCAAGGGAGGGGGGUGCCUGCUUGAGCAGGAAGGAGCAGCUUUUAGUAUCUGAAGCCAAUGAUGGUUGCAUGAUUCUGUUGAAGACCAACAUUUCAGCAGCACUACUGGCAAACAAGGACACUCAGGGAUUGCAGGGGUGGGGAGUGCCUGCUCUGUUUUAGUCCACACUGCUCUGUUCUGUGUGCCCUGUGCGUAAGCUACACAUAAAGACAACAUCUCUUGACAGCUCUGUCUCUGUGGUUAUGUGCACUUAUACACUGUGGAGAUAUCUCUUGCGUGGUCCACAGUGGGUGAGUAACAAGCUUUUCUCUUCUUGCAGUCAUCAGGGGGUGGCAGUUUUUAAGCUGAAACAGGAAAAUCGAAAGCAAAUUUCUCUUAAUUUCAGUUUAAAUUUUAUUGCCCAAAUAUAAUCUUUUGAUAACUAUCUCACUUAAACUAUUAGAUGAAGAGGCUUUAGAAACAAAGAAUUUACCGUCCUAUUUUGGCAUCAUGAUAAAUUAAAGUUGCUUUAACAUUUUA